CUGCGCAGUAGUUGUCAAAAAGAAUUUUGUAGGUUAAUUUUUCAAAUUUAACCCAAAAAUGUCGUUUAAAGCUUACAGAAGAUUGUUUGGCACAGUAAGAAGAAAGUAUCCGAUAAAUAGGGAUCAAGAAAAAUCGCUGCCUAUAUUUCAGUACGGUGUAAGUAAUGAAUCGUACCAAAGAUUGUAUGCUUGGGGUAAUAUCCAAACAGGCGCCCUAGGGAUACCAUUUAUUAGGCAAAAUGAGAGCGUCGAUAAAGUUUCAUGUUUGAGGCACCCUAAGAGAGUUACAUUUGGGGAAAAACAUAAUGUUACUGCAGUUGCUUGCGGGUAUGGAUUUACAGUAUUUGGGGUGGAAAAUGAUGAACAUAAGUUAUUUGGGUCAGGACUGAACACUGAUUCUCAAAUAGGUCAUCAUGAAAUCAAUGAAGGCAAACCUUUGUCGAUAUUAUUUUACCCAAAACCUAUACAUUUAUCCCUGAAAAAUAGCACAUCAAAAAUUUUAAAACUUAGUGCUGGUAGAGCACACUGUAUGGCUUUGACUGACGAGGGUGUAUACUUGCAAGGCAAUAACUCUUAUGGGCAAUGUGGUAGAAAAAUACUUGAAAAUGAAGAUUAUUUGGCCAGUUCAUAUGUAAAUCACAUUCCAAAUGUUGAUGGGAAGAAAAUUUGUGAUGUUCAAUGUGGGCAAGAUCACAGUUUAUUACUAACAGAAGAUGGUGCUGUAUAUUCUUGUGGCUGGGGGGCUGAUGGUCAGACAGGUCAAGGGCACUACAAUAAUUUGGAAGUUUUCACACAAGUGGGAGGGGAUAUUGCUAAUGAAAAAAUAAUUGAAUUGUCUUGUAGGGCUGAUUUCGUUUUGGCAAGAAACGAUAAAGGAGAGGUUUUUGGCUGGGGAAACACAGAAUAUAGUCAAUUGGGGCCUGACAUUGAAGAACAACAAGUUUGCAAUCCAACAUACAUUAAAUCACUGAAAUCUUUCGGUAAAAUAACUUCUAUAGCAAGUGGUGGUUCAUUUUGUCUCAUUCUUAAUGAAAAUGGAGAUGUAUUUUCAUGGGGCUUUGGUAUUUUGGGUAUGGGGCCUUCAGUGGAACACUCAAAAGUCCCCCUGCCGAUUCCCAAAACGUUAUUUGGUAAAAACGACUUUCAACCAAGCUCAGAAGUUGUCAAAGUUGCAUGCGGUACCAGCCAUUCAGCUGCCAUCACCAAUUCGGGGGACUUAUACACUUGGGGGAGAAACUCCAAUGCUUGCCUUGGUUUGGGACACGAUAAAGACCAAUAUUUCCCCUUUAAGGUGUCAAUGGGUGCAUCAGUGACGCAAGUGUUUUGUGGAGUAGAUCACACUGUAGUAUUAAGCAAACCUUUUAUAUAAUAUAACUAAUAAAACAAGUAAUGAGUAA